AUGGAGUGGGUUGUAAAAUACAUUAUUGAAAAUAACCCAGAAGCACUUGUUGAACUAUCUAAAAUUCGUGUACGCACACAUAGACAAAUUCCUUGCGAUUUUGAAGGCCAGAUUUUAGAUCUUCAUCAGCCACUCCCACUGCAUCUGGCUAUAUUUUUAGGGAGAAAAGAAAUAAUUGACGCUUUAAUUUACGUUGGAGCAAACAUUAACGAAAUAGAUCCAAAUUCAAAAUGCUCUCCACUUCAUAUCGCAGCAUAUGCUAAUGACAUUUAUACUACAAGAGUACUUGUAA